UAUGUGAACUUUGAUCUAUGUUUUCCCCUCCUUGAAGCCUUGGGUAGGUGGAAUUAAGGGAAAACGAAACUCAAAGCUAAAUAAAAGGAGUCUGGACAUCUAGCCAGCAACACACAACACUUCUGGACAGAAGGAUGGCUUCGGGUGGAACACAACUAAAAGUUGGAGACCUAAUUGAAAUUUCUCGCUUUGGCUAUGAGCACUGGGCCAUCUAUGUGGGAAAGGGCUAUGUGGUCCAUCUGGCCCCACCAAGUGAAGUGGCAGGGGCUGGGUUGAGCAGCAGCAUGUCCGUCACGGCUGACAGAGCCAUAGUGAAGAAGGAGCUGCUGUCCGUGGUGGCCGGAGGAGACAAGUACCGGGUCAAUAACAAGCACGAUGACAAGUAUGAGCCACUGCCACCCAACAAAAUCGUCCAGAAGGCAGAGAAGUUGGUGGGGAAGGAAAUCCCCUAUUCAGUGACCAGCCAGAACUGCGAGCACUUUGUGAACGCGCUGCGCUAUGAAGUUUCCCGCAGUGACCAGGUGACUGACGCACUCACCAUCGGUGCUUCCUCACUUCUCUUUGGUAUUGCAGGAUUUCUCGGGACGAUACUGACCAGAAGCAAUCACUAAAACUAAUAAGUCCAUGGCAUUAUCUUGGUGGCACCAGUUAGCUUGGGGGAGUUUGAGCAAAUCGGUGAAAGUAGUUUGGCCUAGAGAGUUAACUCUUUGUAAUCACGAGCACUUGAUUUCAUGAAGCUGAAUCAAAGCACAGGAAGCUUUUUCCUGAGGGAGAUGCUGCAUCGCCCAAAAUCUAUUAAAGAACUGGUUGCACAAUGUCAUAGUCUCAAUGUUUGUGUCCCCUGCCACCCCAAAUUCAUUUGUUGAUGCCCUCACCCCCAAUAUGAUGGUGUUUGGAGGUGGCGUCACUGGGGGGGGUCACUAGGUUUGGAGGAGGUGGUGAGGGUAGGACCCCUGUUGUGGGGACAGUGUCCCUGUAAGAAGAAGAGACCAGAGCUCUCUUUCCCUCCCUCUGCCAUGUGCAGGCUUAGCGGAAGGGGGCCAAGUGUGAGCCAGGGAGGUCUCCAGACACCAGACCUGCCACACCUUGGUGUUGGAUUUUUCAGUUGCUGUGGCUUCAGUACAGUUCGUCCCUUAGGAACCCAUGCUGUAACACAAUUCCCCUUAAGAGUUGGGACCAGAUUAAUAUUAAGAGGCGGGACCAGGAUCAAUCCAUUCAUAUGGAUUAAUAGGUUAAUGGGUUGGUAGUCUGGUGGGUUAUCUCCAAAUGAGUUUCCUAUCAAAGCCACCUUGGCUCCGUGUCUUAGCUUCUCCGUGUCUCUGUCCAUGUGAUUCCCUGCAAAGCCUCAGGACUCUGUCAGCCAGAAAUACAUCUCCAGAUGUGACCUGUUGUCCUGGGACCACAC